GUGCAGUCUUGUCACAAUGGUCAUGGCGCCUAGCUGAUAAAUACAUUAGCUAGCAAGCUAUGUUUGUUUUGUUUUAUUUCAUUAUAUUAUUGUUUGAAAAUUAGUUACAUUAUUACAUAAUUAAUAGCUAUAAAGUGUAUGUUUUUAGUUAAUAUUUUUUUAUGUUAAUAAAUAUGCACGAAUCGAGCAGAAAAUCGGUUUUAUGAGCUACUACCGGGUGUGUUAGCAUAAAACAAUUUAAGAGCCAGAAGUGUAGAUUUGGGGUUUAAAAAAAUCAAAAGAAAGGACUUGGAGAAAUGGAUAAAUUUGUGAUCCGUGUUCCAAAGGAUGAUCAAACAAGACAAGGACUCAAACACGGAGAGAAAGUGUACAAACAGACAACGCUAGAGUCUUUAAAGAGAGUGGUGGUGAUUGAGGACAUUGAAAGGUUCAAGUCCAUCCUCGAGCUGCCCGGUCAGACCAAAGAAAACAUGUUAAACGCUCUGACAGAGCUGGACAGGAAAGUGCCUUCUAGAGAAGUGCUGAAGUCCACCAGGAUCGGUCACACAGUGAACACGCUGCGCAAGAAGCACCCGGACGCCGACGUGAAGUCGUUGGCUCGACAGGUUUACACACGCUGGAGGACGUUCAUCGAGGAGAACGCCAACAAGCCGUGUAUCGAGGUUCGCUGUGACAAACAGACCGAGGAACUGAGGAGCAACGCCAGAAAACUCCUCGCUGACAGCAUGGGCUUAGAGGUCGACGCCGCGCUGGUGGACAACGUGGAGAGGGAAGUGUUUCAUCAGUGCUCGCGGCUGAUCGGCAGAGCGUACAGGAGGAGCGUGAGGGCGCUGGUGUUCACUCUGAAACACAAACCCGACGUCAGAGCGCAGGUGAAGGACGGCAGAGUCGCCGUUAACGUGUUCGUCAGCAGCCACAAGAAGAAACCGAGCACGAGCCACACGAUGGCGAUGAGCAUGAGGAUGACGGCCAGCACGCAGACGCUGAUGAAGACGAUGUCGCUGGUCUCGUGGGCUUCGGGCUCGGCUCUGUGGGCGCUCUCCAGGCUCUUGGAUUCCUCGGCGAGCCGGGCGAGUUCGUUCAUCCGGAUCCGAUCCUCCGCCGAGAUGAUGCCGACCGACGCCACCUUCCUCUGCGCGUCACACUGCACCUCGUACUCCUGAACGCUCUGCUGUUUU